AUGGCAAGCAGCUUAGAUCUUCAAGUGGAUGUAUACGUGGCCCCUCCUAUUCCGACGACUUCAGGAUCUGAUGACCCAACCAAACAAUGGUGGUCACCAAUCUCCUGUACGUUAAUCCAUGGGCCCACGUCUGCAGUUCUAGUGGACACUCCUAUUUCCAUUAAGCAGACCGAAGCGCUGGCAGCCUGGAUCAAGCAGACCGCCCCUGGAAAACAGUUGAAAUACAUUUACACGACACACGCGCACGGGGAUCAUUACUUCGGCAAUCCGGUCAUCCUAAAGCACUUCCCGGAGGCUACCAGCGUCACGACAUCUCUGGUAGCCACAGGUAUCAGAGAUACAUUGGCUUCAGCAAUUCCGAGAUGGAAAGGGUGGUUCCCUAACGGGCAGAUCCUCUCAGAAGGGCACAUCAUUCCUGACUCUCUUCCAGAAACUGGAGAGUUUUCGAUCGACGGACAUAGCCUUUUUGGUAUCAACGUCGCUCACUCCGACACCGACGCCUCAUCCUUUCUGCAUGUGCCUGACCUGAAGCUCGUCGUCGCCGGUGACAUUGUCUACGGGGACUGCUUCCAGUUCCUUGCCGAGGCCAAGACGGCGGACAAGAGGAAAGAUUGGCUAGAUGCGCUCGAUCAGAUAGCUGCUCUGGAGCCUAAUAUCGUCGUCCCGGGACAUAAGCGGGCGACACAGGUCGAUGGGCCCUAUCUGAUCGAGGCGACCAAGGGGUAUAUUGUUGCAUUUGAAGAGGAGCUGGAGCGGCUGGGAGAUGUCGAUAAAGUCGAACAGGCCAUGACGAAGCGUUAUCCACAGAGAUGGAAUCGGUUUAUCCUGGAGAUGAGCUGCAAGAGUUCGGUCGCUGCUCUCAAACUUUAG